GAGGCCAGGGCACUGUUUAUAAAGGAAUGUUGGUUGAUGGAAGAAUUGUUGCAGUUAAGAAGUCUAAAGUACUAGAUAAAGAGAAAGUUAAAGAGUUUAUCAAUGAGGUGGUUAUUCUUACGCAAAUUAAUCAUAGAAACAUUGUUAAGUUAUUAGGCUGUUGUUUGGAGACUGAAGUUCCUUUGCUAGUUUAUGAAUUCAUCCCCAAUGGGACACUUUUCCAAUAUAUACAUGAUGAAAAUGAAGACUUCCCAUUAACCUGGGAAAGACGGUUAACAAUUGCAGCAGAAGUUGCAGCUGCCCUUUCCUACUUGCACUCAGCAGCCUCCAUUCCCAUUUAUCAUAGAGAUGUUAAGUCCUCAAAUAUUCUACUGGAUGAAAAGUACAGGGCAAAAGUUUCAGACUUUGGGACAUCAAGAUUAAUUGCCAUUGAUCAAACUCAUUUGACCACAAAUGUUCAGGGCACAUUUGGGUACCUAGAUCCUGAAUAUUACCAAUCUAGUCAAUUUACAGAAAAAAGUGAUGUUUACAGUUUUGGAGUUGUCCUUGUUGAGCUCUUAACAGGAGAAAAACCAGUUUCUUUAGCAAGGGCAGAAGGAGAAAGAAGUUUGGCCUUUCAUUUCAUUCAUUCCAUGGAAGAGAAUAGUCUCUUUAGUAUUCUUGAUGCUCAAGUUAGGGAGAGUUCUGCACAUGAAGAGAUAACAAAGGUUGCUAAACUUGCACAUCGAUGCUUGAGCCUGUGUGGUAAAAAGCGGCCAAAGAUGAUAGAAGUUGCUGUGGAGUUAGAGCAGAUUCGUCUUUUGCAAAACAACUCAAAUGGUCAACAGAAUCAUGAAGAGGUUACAUAUGUCAAAAGUGAAGUAAACAAUCUCUGGGCUGGUACCUCAACUUCAAUAGAUUCAGGUUUGGACUCUAGAGCUUCUUUGUCCAUAGACAUGCAGCCAUUAAUUUCCAGUAAAUCAUGGGGAUUUAGCUGACAUAUCCUAGAAUUUAUUUAUUCCAUAUUGAGGAAUAUAAUAAGCUCUUUCUUUCUUUAGUGUUUGACAAUUUGUGGUUCAUCUAAUUUUUAUUUUUGUUGCUUUGUAGUUUAAAUUCAAAUAAAGUUUAUGCACUACU